AUGGAGUGGAGUCUUAAAGGCUUGCACUGUUUGGAGUUCAACCAUUUCCUUGAGAAGCCGGUUCAAACUGUCCGAGGAACACAACCUAAUUUGGUACAUACAUUUAUAAGUAUUGUGACCCAUCUUUGCCUAAAUCAUAUCCAUCUGAUCGCUGCACCCCAGACUGCCGAUGUUCGCCUUCCUAUUCCAGAUCCGGUUGGUUUGGGCCUGACGAAGGCUUGGGGUCUACGCCCGCAAUGGACAAUUUGGCACGGGAAAUGGUUGUUGGGCGCGGCAGAAUCCACCGCUUUGACUACAUGCGUUCGCAUUCCGGACCAGUUAGAGGAACGCACCCCCUGCCUCACCUACAAGGUGUUUUAA